GAAUGCAGCAGCUUCCGUGUCAAAUGACAGACACACGUCGGGUGACGUGACAAACCAAAACCCACUGCUGCUAGCACCGAUUAGCAAGUUUGUUGACUUUAGCAUUUUCUCGUUCUCCCCUCAACAUAAGAGCAGUGACACGAAAAUGGACAAUAGCGGAAAAGAAAAAGAAGCAACGGCUUUAGUGGCCGAGGCUGAAAAGAAAAUGAAAUCAUCAACGUCGUUUUUCGGAGCGAUGUUUGGAAAAACCUCUUCACAACGGGGUUCCUCCAAGAUGGAAGAGGCCUGUGACAUGUAUGUGAGGGCAGCCAACAUGUACAAAAUGGCCAAAAAUUGGUGUGCUGCAGGAAACGCGUUCUCCCAAGCUGCACGCCUUCAUCUCCAGAUGCAGAGCAAGCACGAUGCAGCCACUAACUUCAUAGACGCUGGAAACGCCUUCAAAAAAGCAGACCCACAAGAGGCCAUAAAUUGCCUAAACCGAGCUAUUGAGAUCUACACCGAUAUGGGGCGCUUCACCAUCGCAGCUAAACAUCACAUCACCAUUGCUGAAAUAUAUGAGACAGAGAUGGUGGACAUCGAUAAGGCCAUUGCUCAUUAUGAACAGGCAGCAGAUUAUUACAAAGGGGAAGAAUCCACCAGUUCAGCAAACAAGUGCCUUCUGAAAGUAGCAACGUACGCCGCUCAGCUGGAGCAGUACCCGAAAGCCAUUGAGAUCUAUGAACAGGUUGGAACUCACGCCAUGGACAGUACUCUCCUGAAAUACAGUGCCAAGGAUCACUUCUUCAAGGCAGCGCUCUGUCACUUCUGUGUAGACAUGCUGAAUGCAAAACUUGCUGUGCAGAAGUAUGAGGAGAUGUUUCCCGCCUUUUCAGACUCUCGAGAAUGCAAGCUGGUGAAGAAACUUCUAGAUGCCUAUGAAGAACAGAACGUUGAUGCCUAUACUGACUCGGUGAAGGAAUUUGACACCAUUUCACGGUUGGACCAGUGGCUCACCACCAUGCUUCUCCGCAUUAAGAAAACCAUCCAGGACGAGGAGAGCGACCUGCGCUGAGCCCCCCCCCCCCUUCCUGCUCCGGACACGUCUCGAGCCCUCUACAGCCGACUUGCAUCCUUCUUCUUUUUGCCUUGAGCGUCUGCCCUGUAUCCUAGCAACAAUCUUACUUGUUUGACCAUUAGGCCCUGGUUUUCCCUCUCAGAUGCUGUGUUUCUUCGCCACCAUCUGCAGUAUUUGUUCUUUCCUUUUUAAUCCGCUUCAGCUCAACGCUCCAAAAAUGGUCCUUACAGGACCGUACGCUACUUUCCCCUGUGUGCACGCCGCACACAGUAUGUUAAUUGUAUAUUGUUAUGAUCAAGGUGUUGGCCCAAUAUUGGUUAAAAUAUUCGUAAUGGGCUGAAAUACCUAAUACUCAUACCAGCACACUUGUAUAAUAAAGUUGUUUUUUAUUUUCUUGUUAUAAAAUGGAUGAGAGGAUGCCAAUUUACUCACUCUGAUCAACAAAAUAGGUUUUCCAGAAUGUUGCCUCAAAAUAAACUCGAAUGAUCAAAAUGACAAUAUAGACUAAAACAAACACACACACACACACACACACAUGUGUUACACAGCACUUCAUGUCAGCUGCAGAGCUUCUCUCCAAGCAGAGAGGCCCAGCGAGAGUUUCUGAGGUUAUUCCAUGUCAAACACCUACUUUGCCUUACACUGCAAAGUUCUCAGGACGUGAACACCUAGAUUUGAUGAAAAAGAAAUCAUGCUUUAAUUUGCUAAUUGUUUCUGUCCUUUCCAUUUAAAGUGCUUUUAUUUCACAAACAAAGGUGAAAGAAGUUCAUCACUUUUGUGAACAUUUGCAUGGUUUGGUAAGCAUGAGAAAACUAGAGCAGCCGUUUUCCAUUGUAUAGGAGUUACUUCUUAUGUGUAUGUGUUUUUUUUUUUAGGAAAGUCUUAUUUGUUUGUUUUUUCUGUCAUAACUAACCAGGCUGAAGAAAAGGCCUGAAUGGAAUGCAAUACAUUGAAAAAAAUGAGCUUUACUGAUCUGAACACUGUGCGUAUGUACCGGUGAUUUGUCAUGAGACAUUUUACUUAAAUAAUGUGUCCAACAGUGACUAACCCUGUCAAACGUUUGAAUAAACCUGUCUCAGACAUCCUGCGCGUGGCCUCCA